AUGGUAUUGAUUUUUGCAGGACCCCUGAUCCUAGGUGCACAGAUGGCCCGUCACUACAAUACACAGGUGUCGGCCCAUGAUAUCAUUCGACUGUUACCUCGGGAGCCUACCAUGCCAAAAGUUGCCAAGGAGAUCAAAGAUGAAAACCGAAAACUAGAAGAAACGGCCGCUGGUAUAGCUCUUGGGCAUGGCUUACAGGACGAGAUCAAGAAGCUCAAUGAACGGAUUAAGACGAUACAGGAAGAGCACGCCCGGGUCAUUGCAGAGAUCAACACAAAAUUCCAGAAUCAACUCACAGAACAAGAGAAGGUAGCGCGGCAACGGCACCAGUCGAUGGAGAAUUUGCUCAAAGAACAGGAGCGGAAAGUACAGGAAGAGCGGGAAUCGUUGCUGGGCCAAGUAAAGUCAUUGAAAGAAGGGCACCAAGAAAAAGAAAAAGACUGGAGGGAGCAAUUACAAGCUCUCCUUGCUACGAUGACUCAAAAUAUGGUCCGAAACGAUGUUGCGCCUAGACUCGAACCAUAA